ACAAUAUCCUUUUUUGACUUGUGCUCUUUUUGUCAGAUCAUGGUUCAGAAUCAACUACUGGAUACACUGUCGACUCGCAUGACCGAGCAUGCGCAGUUAUUCGAUGGCUUAUUACAUCUUAUACCCGCGAAAUUCUAUAUUACAGAAAAGAACGAUGCUCUGAAUGAAUCAAAGUUUAUGCACAAUAAGCGAAAAAAGGCACCGAAACAAGCAAUCAAGGAAUCCACCAAGAAAGCGAAGAAAGCCAAACUGGAUCCCGAGAAUGAUCAGUCCAUUACAACGUUGCAGAAAGAAAAGGCCGAGAAACUGGAAAAGGAGAAGGAGGAGCAGGAGGCCGUAGCCGAUACAGAUAACGACGAAUCAGACGAUGAAGUCGACGACAAUGAAAGUGACGGUGCCGAAGACGUCAGUGUAGCCGACGAGAGCGACGCAAAGAUGGAAGGGGCAGAUUUCAGUGGUUUAGGAGAUGCUUCGUCCUCCACCAAACCCAUUCCUAGCGAGCCUGCUGUUGUGAAGCCUAUGAAUAUUAGCGGUAUUGGCGAAUUGCGCAAUCGUCUACAUGAACGUAUCCAGGCGUUACGUAAGAAGCGACAUGCACCUGGAUCAGAUUCGAUGAAAGCACGCAGCAGAGAAGAUAUUAUCGCCGCACGAUUGAAACGAAAACAAGAUAGAAAGAAGGCAUUAAAAGCACAGAAAGAAAAGGGUGGAAAAGCAGCAUCAGAAGAACUCGUCAAAGACAAAUCGGCCAAGUCUCAAGAAAACAAAUCAGCUGCUGAUUCGAUCAAGAUGGACGGUGAUGUUUUCUUCAGCAAGUUGGCGGUGGCCAAUGAAAAGCCCAAGAAGAAGGGUCCCAGCGAUGCUAAAUCACAACUAAAGAAAGCCGAAGCGAUGCAAGAGAAACUCGAGAAACUCAAGUCAGAAGAUAAAACCAAGGCCGAAGAUUUGGCUCAAAAGAGUGAAUGGCAAAAGGCUAUUGCUAUGGCGACUGGUGUUAAAGUGAAGGAUGAUGUCAAACUGUUAAAGAAGACGGUGAAGCGUCAAGAGAAAAUCAAGGUCAAGAGCGCUAAAGAGUGGUCCGACCGUAAACAAAAGGUCAAGGAUGAUGAACAACGCAAGAUCAAGAAGCGUCAAGACAAUAUCCAGGCACGAAUUGAUGCGAAGAAGGCGAAAAAGACGGGCAAGAAGGUCAAAGCACGACCGGGUUUUGAAGGCGGCAAGAAUACCAAGGGCGGUAAAAUCAGUAAACCCAAGCAUAAGAAGAAAUAAUAAAGACGCAUCCUACAUAGCUUUUUCCAUUUUCAUCCAUCCCCAUUUUCAUACUAUUAAAAACACGUUACAUUUUUUGUUGCCAAAUCGAAUGUAUCAAAAAUAUGAUUG